AUGCUUUUGGACGUGAAUAGAAAGCUGUUUGCGCGGUCAGACCGUGUCAAGGGUGUCGACUUUCACCCCACAGAGCCAUGGCUACUCACCGGUCUCUACAACGGAACAGUGAAUAUCUACAACCACGAGACAGGGGCCCUCGUCAAGACGUUCGAGGUGGCUGAAGUCCCCGUACGAUGUGUGCGCUUUAUCCCGCGCAAAAACUGGUUCAUCGCUGGCUCCGACGACUUCCAGCUCCGCGUAUUCAACUACAACACACACGAAAAGGUCGCUGCUUUCGAGGCGCACCCUGACUACAUUCGAUGCUUGACAGUACAUCCGACUGCAAGCAUCGUCCUAACCGGAAGCGAUGACAUGACGCUUAAGGCAUGGGAUUGGGACAAGCAAUGGCGCUGUAUUCAGACGUACGAGGGUCAUACACACUAUAUCAUGAACAUUGCCGUCAACCCAAAGGAUCCGAAUACCUUUGCUUCGGCGUGUCUCGACCGGACAGUCAAGAUGUGGUCACUUGGCUCUCCGACAGCCAAUUUCACUAUGGAGGCACAUGAUAAGGGUGUCAACUACGUUGAAUUUUAUCCCGGCGCCGACAAGCCAUACCUCGUGACGGCCAGUGAUGAUAAGACAGUCAAGAUCUGGGACUACCUCAGCAAGAGCUGCGUACAAACCCUAGAGAGCCAUACCAACAAUGUCCUCUUUGCUGUCUUCCACCCGAGCCUACCGCUCAUCGUCAGUGGUGGUGAGGACGGUACCGUCAAGCUUUGGAACAACGGCACGUACCGCCUCGAGAACACCUUGAGCUACGCGCUUGAACGUGCAUGGUGUAUCGCCCUGCGGAAGACCACGAAUGAGAUUGCCAUCGGUUACGACGAGGGUGUCGUGGUGGUCAAGGUAGGCCCUCUUGCUUUACACCGUGCAUUGUCGGACUCAGAUCUUCUUAGCUCGGCCGCGAAGAACCCUCGUAUAGCAUGGACCUCUCUGGCAAGCUGA